AUGAAAGGUAGCUGGAUCGAGCUGGGAGAUGUGACACCGUACAAUAUUAGACAACUGAAGAGAUUGAAUCAGGUCAUCUUUCUAGUCAGCUACAAUAAGUUCUACAAGGAUGUGCUGGAGUUUGGAGAGCUGGCAAAACUCGCCUAUUUCAAUGAUAUUGCUGUAGGUGCGGUAUGCUGUAGGGUGGAUCAUUCACAGAAUAGGAAGAGACUUUCCAUCAUGACACUAGGAUGUCUGGCACCUUACCAAAGGCUAGGAAUAGAAACUAAAAUGUUAAAUCAAGUCUUACCCAUCUAUGAAAAAGAUGGCACUUUUGACAUCUAUCUGCACGUCCAGAUAAGCAGUGACUCAGCAAUUGACUUCUACAGGAAGUCCGCCUUUGAGAUUAUUGAGACAAAGAAGAAGUACCAUAAGAGGACAGAGCCUGCAGAUGCUCAUGUGCUGCAGAAAAACCUCAAAGAACCUUUCGGUCAGAAUGCAGAUGUGCAAAAGACAGACAACUGA